AUGUCCAAAAAGAUUGCACAGUUGACAAAAGUUGUUUGUAUGUUGAACUCACGCGGUGAAGAUUCUGUCGAUCUACUUAAGGAGACUUCCAAGCUACAUGAAGAUGAAAUUAUCAAACUAAAGAAUUCUUAUGAAUUGAAAGUGAAGGAUUUGGAGCUUCGACUUGAAAAGGAGAAAGCAUUUGGUGAUACAGUAGCCUUCUUAGAAAAGAGUGUUAAUGAAAAGGAGUUAGAAAUAAUCGAAAUGGAGUCUAAAUAUAAUCAGCUAAUUAAUGAGAAUCAGUUGAAGGAAGAAAUGUUGAGAAUGAAACAUAAUGAAGAAGUAGUUAAACUGCAGCAAGCUCUUGUUGAACAUAGAGAAAAAUAUGAAAAAGAACUGAACACAGUUCAAAGUUUCGCUCAACAGUGGGAAUCUCACCAAUGUCCAGAUGUUGAACCUGUUCUCAACGAGAAAUUACAACUUGAAUGUGAAUUUAAAAGAUUACAGGAGAAAUAUUCUUCGUUAGAAAUAGAAGUUGAAUGCAGAAUCAAAGUUCUUACCGAUCAAUAUGAAUGUAAAAUUCAAGAAAUUGUCAAAAAUCUUACAGAUGAAAAAACUAAAAAAGAAACUGAACUUUUAGAAAUUAAUAAAACUCUCUUGGACGACUUAAAAAAUCAGCAAUCUCUAUAUGAUCAAUCAAUGAUCAGAAAUAAUGAAGAGAAAAAUGAAUUAAGUAAUUUUAUCAAACACAAUACAGAAAUUAAUUUAAACAAUAUUUGGCAACAACGAUUAAAUCAAGAAAGAGAAGAAUUCCAGGAGGAAUUAUCAAAAUUACAUAAAUUAAAUAAAGAAAUUCAGUAUAAACUAGAAAAUCAUAUUGAAAGUUCAAAAUUGAAAUAUGAUCAGUUGCAUACAGAAUACAUAAAUUAUCAAAAGAAAACCAAAUUAGACUGUGAGAAAUUUCAUAGAAAAAUUACUGAUUUACAAUUCAUUGAAGAGAAAUUGAAAAAUGAAUUAUUCAUGAAAAAUGAAGAAUUUAUUAAUUUAGAAAAAGAAGGGACUAUGAAAUAUUUACAAUUAAAAAAUGAAUAUGAUGACUGUUUGGAAAAGAUAAAGAUAACUGAAGCUCAAUUAGAAUCCAAACAUGAAAAUCAACUGGACAAACAAAAAGUAAUUGCAAAUUCUAAAUAUGAAGAUGUUCGACUUAAAUUGAAAGAAUCACGAAAAUUAUUAAAAGUUUCAGAAAAUAAUUUACAACUGCUAAGAAGUCAGUUUUCUGCUCAAAAAUCAGACCUGAUUAGUUUGAAGAAGAAUUUCAUGGUCAAGUUACAAGAAAAAGAAUCUGCCAUUAAAAAUAUCACAACAGUAAAAAACAAUGAAAUUGAGAAACUUCAACAAGCAAAUACUGAAUUAAAGUUGAAAAUUACUAAACAAUACCAAGAAUAUAAAAAUGAAAUUAAUCAAACAAAAACUAACUUAGAACAAGAAAUUAACAAACUCACUAAAGAAAUACAAGAAUGUCAACUUACCAACAAAGAAAUUGAAUGGAAACUCAUGAAAGAAUGUAAAUUGAAAGAGAAUUUGGAGAAACAACUAGUCAAAUUGUCGGAGGAAUUGAAACGAAUGAAGAAUGAUUAUGAUGAAUUAGCAAAACAAACUAAAGAAAGUUUAUUUUUAAAUUUAGAAAAAAGUACAAGAUUUACCAAUUUAGUCGCUGAACUUGAUCGUAAAUGGUCUGAAACAGUGGGUCGAGAAUGUGCACGUGUACGUAGUGAAACAAUGUAUCAAUUAGAAUCACAAUAUAAGUUAAAAUUAGACGAAAUCACAAAUAAGUAUGAGAAAACAAUGGCGACUAUGAAUGACCAGUGGGAAAUGAAAAUGAAUUCGAGACAAAGUGAACCACUGGAUAACAUGAAUCAGUCUAGAAAUGAUACUAAUGAAAUUGUGAAACAGUUGACUAAAGAAACGCCAAGUGAUUACAUCAGUUCAUUAUCAAUGAAUAGUUUUGAUCAAUGUGUUCAAACUGAUGAAUUAGAAAAUGAAAUUGAAACUAAUCAUAUUAGUAGUAGUUAUAAUGAAGUGAAGAAUUGCAAUAUGAUUGAUUCAAGUACGGAAACUGAUCAACAGUUGAACAUUCAACAACAACAACUUAACAAUCUGUUGGAUGAAUAUAGAAAAGAUCAAAGCAUAAAAUAUGAACAGGAAAUUAAACGAAAACAAAUUGAACUGGAAAGAAUUCAGAUUAAUUAUGAUAAAUUACUCGGUUUAAAACAAGAAGAAUUAAGAAAUCAUUUCAAAAAUGAAUUACACUCAAUGAAACAACAUUAUGAAAUGAUAAAAUCAAAUGAAUUCGGUGAUUUUAUACUUGCACAGAAUAUUUUAAAAUCUAAAAUACAUGAAUUACAUCAACGUUUAUUAGGAUGCUCUUGUGAAUCAUCAUCCACCGUAUUGAAACAGGUAAAAAGCAACAACUUAUCAGCAACUAGUCAAUUAUUGCCAGAGAUUAUUGGUGUGAAUAAACAAAAUGCUAUUUUUGAUACUUUAUCGACCUCUGCCUCUUUAUCACCAUCAUCAUCAUCAGCAUUGACAACAGGAGCACUACUAUCAGAAUCGAAAUGCAGUUAUAAUAAUCAUGACUACCACUUACUAUUGUCUCAUCACCUACCAUUACAACUUGAAAAAGAUUAUCAUUCUAUAAAUGAAAGAAGUGAAGAGAAAUUUCGUUUGCCUGCAUUAACUACUUAAAUAAUACUAAACGAAAUGAAGUGAAAGUAGUGAAUUUGAAAAAAAGUUUACAAACAAAGCAAAAUAGUUGAAUUUAUAGUGUGUGUGUGUGUGUGUGAUGGAGAAAUACAAGGAAGGCGAGAAAGAUAAUAAAUUAUUUAGUUGUGUAGCGUAUACUAACCAACUAUAAACAUUUAUUUGUAAAAGUUAAUUCAUGCAUAUUUAACUCUACACAUAUCAUUUUAUACAAAUAAAU